AUGGACAGCUUGAUAGCAAAGUAUCCCGCCGGCUACAUUGAGAUUCUGGGGAGCGUCUCAGUGCAGCUGGUUUACAUUGUUUUCGGGCUGAUUGUGGAGCGCGUGCGAGCCCCGUACAUCAGCGCGACAUCCCGGAAGUUGAUCACCCAAAGCUUCAGGAACCAUGUCGUGGCGACCUUGAUCCACGUCGCCUUCGUGAUGUACAGGGGAGGCGAGUCAGUGCUGUCCCGGACUUUUGUCUCGCCAUAUAGCCUGCCGUCGUGGACGGAGUUCCUGAGUCACCUGUUGAUUGGUCUCCUGCUCCGUGAUGCGAUAUUCUAUGUCAUUCACCGUCUUUGGCAUAUUCCCGGACUGUACGAAAUAAUCCACGCGAAGCACCACGAGAUUAAGCACCCGGAAAAUCACCAUGUGUUGACCAUCAGCUACAUGUCAGUCACAGACUUUGUUUUCCUGUACGGCUUUCCGGUGGUCGGAGUGGCCAAAAUCUUGGAGAUGAACAUUCUCACCACGCUGGCGUUUUCGUUUACCUCUGCCGUGGGAGAGCAGAUCAAGCUCGCUUGGGGCGAUGAGGCGCACGAAGAGCACCAUCUGGACAUGACGGUCAACUACGGAACCUACGGAUUCAUGGAUAAGAUAUUCGGGACAGAUUCUGGCAAGAAGCUCGCUCAAGACUAG